AUGUCUUUUUCCAACAAUGAUUACAAUAACGGUAACAAUAGAGUAUACCCUCUCUCUCUUUACUUUUCUCCACUCGCUGGCUAUCAAGACAUCAUCCGUAGUCCCUAUAAUCAUCAGCCAACACCAUCACCGGGCCACAUGGCAUCAGCAGUGCCCGAGUCUCUGAUCAACUACAUGACGUUUAGCUCAAACCAUGCUGUGAAUCAGCAAGGGUUCGAGAUUCCUGAGGUGUCUAGAGAAAUCAAGAAGGCGGUGAAGAAAGAUAGGCAUAGCAAGAUUCAGACGGGGCAAGGUCUUAGAGACAGGAGGGUAAGACUUUCUAUUGGUAUUGCUCGCCAAUUCUUUGAUCUCCAGGAUAUGUUGGGGUUUGAUAAAGCCAGUAAAACAUUAGACUGGCUACUCAAGAAAUCAAAAAGAGCCAUCAAAGAGCUUGUCCAAGAAAAAAAGCUCAACAACACUAAUGAAGAUUUUAGAAACAUAGGAGGUGAGGUUGGAGAGGAAGAGGAGGAGGAGGAGGAGGAUGGAGAUAAGAGAUUUGUGUAUGGUUCAAGCCCUGAUUCUUGUGAAGAAGAAGUGGUAUGUGAGGUCAAGAAGGCACAUAAGAGAAAGACAAAGAUUGAAGUAAGCAACAUAUCUUCAAAGGGAUCAAAUGCCAAAGCUAGAGGAAAGGCAAGGGAGAUAACAAGAGAGAUGACCUAUGAUCAUCCAGAAACCAUCUCCGAGAUCACACAGAAAACUGAAAUCAUGGACCAGCCCAAGAGGUCUAUAAUCUUCAAUGAAGGAGAAGACAUGAUACAUUCUCUCUACAAGGAAGCAACCCAAGAGUUUGAAAGUCAAGAAUGUAUCUUAAGCAAGACGAAAGUCAAUCUUCCAACCAAUAUGGAUCAUAGUUACAACCAGAAUUAUGAGACGUCUAUGUUGAAAGAUCAGGGUUCUAGCAGCAACUAUAAUAAUAUUCUGCCUCAAAACUUGGAUUUUUAUUAUGAUCAGAACCCUUUUAUUGAUCAACCCUUUUGUGCAGCCACCAACACGAGUUUCCCCAGGGGUAAAUUUUGGAUUUAA